AUGUUGAUGACGUCUUGAUUCUUGCGACGGUUUUUGUGUACUCGUCACAUGUGUUUUGAAAACGCGACCUGCACUGUAGAUUUUAUAGCCUGUAUUAAAAGUGAUUUUAGUAGCAUAUGAACAAUUAUGUCGUUUGUGGAGGACGAAGUAUCAAGCAGUGGAAUGGACUCGCGCUCGCGGUUGGAAAGCUAUGUGUUCAGUUGCCAGUUGUCUUCUGAAGUUCCAUUUUACACAUUUCAAGCAGAUGAAGAUGACGAUGUGGAACAUUUUCUCGAGCUUAGAACGAUUUGUCUGGGUGACGGUGCCAAAGAGGAGAAUAAUGUUGUGGAAGUGACUGCUAUGAAUCACCAAGGAAAGAAAAUAUCAGUGCCUGUAGCUAAUCUCAACAUUUCCUGCCUGCCUAUGGUGAACCUCGGGGAGUUUGAGUUGAUGGCUCCUGUCACACUACGCCUGAAGUCUGGAACUGGACCAGUGACCGUCAGUGGGUUACAUUUAGUUGCCACAGAGAAUGAAGGGUCUGAAUUAUCAGAUGAAGAUGAUGACGAUGAUGAUGUCAGUGAGGAGGAAAUGCCCUCAAUCAAACCAGCCAAGAAAAAGCAGAAAGCUUAAUUAGAGAUGUUUACACCAGA